AUGGCCGUGGUGGCCGCCAUGUUCGUUGUUCAGGGCAACCUCAAGCUCUUCUCUGCGCCGCUCCUCACACCGACCACUUUCCAGGUCUUGCAGGAGUCGAAGCUCAUCUUUGUCAUUAUAGCCUCAAUCGUAGUGCUGAGAACCAAGGUGACGGGCGCACAAUGGCUCGCCGUAUUCACCAUGCUCGCAGCUAUCAUUCUGAUGCAGAGCAGGCCCGUAGACGCUACACCUCAAGCGCAGGCCAUCUCGUCGCACCCACUCCUCGACCGUCGCAUUGGUACGAUUGGCAUGCUCCUCGUCGGUACAAUCGGCGCCUUUGCCAGCGUGCUCAUUGAGCGAGCCAUGCGCACCACAGACAUGUGGGUCGUCAACACGCAGCUCUCCUUCUUCAGCUUGCUCCCAGCAGCUGCACCACUCGUGGCGAGUGGUCGAUUUGACUUCCUGCGCGGCUUCAACUUGCUUGCCUGGGCCACCGUACUCAAUCUCGCAUUUGGAGGCAUCCUCGUAGCCCUCGUCAUCAAGAGGUGCGGCAACAUCGCCAAGACGUUCACGACGCCGCUCGCCAUCGUGCUUUCCUACCUGAUCAGCGUCACCUUCAUGGCCACGCCGUGGAGCUGGCCCAUUGCAGGCGCAUCGGUCAUGGCCGUGUGCUCGAUUCUACUCUACAAUUUGUUCAAGCCGGAGGCACCGCGUAGCAUCCCUGAGAACGACGCCUCCGAGGAAAAGGGUUUGCUCCUCGUCUCGCCGACAGAAUCUGCCGAUGAGAGCAUGACUCUUUGCACGGGCGAAGACUCAGACGUGUCCAGGGACUGGAAGUAG